AUGGAUACCCCGGAGUCUAUUGAAGAAGGUCGCGGAGGACAGCAAGGUCGCCAGGAGGGGACGAACACUCCAGUAGGCCUGGCUCCCAGACAGCAGCACAGUUCACUCCCAUUCUUCCUUUUCAUCACCUUCAUGCUAUUCAUGCUCACGAACAACCGGGGAGAAGAAAUGGAAGCUCGAUUCCAUCUCACGAAGUCUCUAGACGAGCUCAAUAGGCAGGUGUCGAACUACACUGCGUGGUUGAACGGCACGGCAUCAAACUUCUCUCUUCCUAGUGCAGACCCUACUAUCAUGCCAUUAAUAAACUCAUUCAUGACCUUCGGCUCACGGCUCGAACCCGACAAGGCGUCGUAUUACUCAAAUCUGACGGGUUUCUGGCAUGGAGAUCUCCAAUAUCACAAUCUGACUGCCACGAAAUCGUCUGAGUCUCGUUUACCUUGGCAUUAUCUCGCGCAGAAUUUUGUCAACUCGACUAACAUGUCUGCUUUGCCGGAGUUGCUUGGCACGUGGAACUGGUCUAAUGCAGAAAAAGUCUCCAUCAGCAUCGGGGACAAGCUCUUUCCUUUACUCGGUCCAGACGGUCAUAUAAUAGAAGACAUGGCUAUGAUUCAUGGUAAGGUCGAGUUUUCGGAACCCAACAGUGCUGAGGAGUUGCGACUCGACUUCGAUGGUGUACACUUCAUUGCCAAUGGUUCUAUAUAUGCUAUCGCUGAACCUGUUGGGCGCUACAUUGACUUGCGGCUCCUACCAUCGGUCGUCCCGGAAUUUCGUAUGAACACAACGGCCUAUGCAAUUGCGGCUGAACUGACCACCCGGAUGAGGAAACUACAGGAGAAGAUCGACUCGGGAAGUCUCGACCAGGAUGCCCUCAGCGAUGACGAAUCUCCCAAGACGCGCUGUUCGUUCAAGUUGCACGGUCAGCUAGAGCCGAAUAACGUGUCUCAGCCCCUCAUGAAGGAGCUCGAAGAUGAGAUUGACUCUCCUACCGGUAUCACAACCAUCAAGGCGCCUGAGAUGAAGCUUCGUGGUGUGCUUGUCAGCCACGACUGUGGACUGCUGUACGAGAUCAAGGAUGCGACAGGACUGAAAUCUCAACGGUUGUUCAGGAAAAUUACCACAUACGCUGGAAUCUCGACGAUUGUGUAUCUCGUCCUGGUGGUCCUCAUCUUACGACAGAUCGCGCGGAGCAGCUCUGCUGCGGGGUUAUCCCGUGUCUCUCGAUAUUCGUUCCUCUGUCAGAGUCUCAUUGAUGUCGUUUCAUUUGUCGGUCACAUCACAUUAGCUAUUCUCGCGGACGGCCGACCCUCCAUCGCCGUGUUGGCACCUGCGGCGCUCGCCUGCAUGUUGUUUAUUCGCGAAGCUCAAUUUGCUGUUCUCAUUGGACGUAUUCAAGCCCCUGAAGACGCAGUUCCUAUUCCGCCUGCUACGCCGCCUCCAGCACCCUCUCCAGCACCCUCUCCAGCACCCUCUACGAGCCCAACGACGCAACCUGAAACACCAGCCUCAACUGCUACGGCUACGUACCCUCCCCCACCAGCGCAGGCGAUAGCACAAGCCCCACCCCCUGUACCCACAACCAACCCGAUCCCAGCAGCAGCCCAGCAACAGACGUUCAUCAGCUUCCUCUGGAACCACAUCAGGACAGACCCUGCAGCACGACUCUGGACAAUGAUCUCUCUCUUCCUGAUCGUCGUGUUUCGCAUCGUCAUCUUCCUGUCGCUCCCCCUUGCCUUCGUUGGCACGCUUUACUCGUGCAUGUGGCUUACGCAGAUCUAUCGAUCAGCGAGGCACGGGAGGAGCAGUGGGCUGACUGCGGAGUACCUCAUUGGCGUGACGAUCUGUAGGCUGUACUUCGCGAUGUACUUCUUGACGUGUCCCAAGAACAUCUUUGACGUAGAGCCACGAAGAUGGAUGUAUGGCGUCGCAUGCUUCAUGUUCGCCCAAGUCUUCACAAUUAUGCUUCAGGAAUACCUCAGCCCGACGUUCUUCCUUGGCACGCACUUGAUCAAGGUGGACAGGUAUGACUACCACCCACCACUACCCCUUCCCGAUCCCGAAGCACCUGAGCAGACGCUCGGGGACUGUGCAAUUUGCAUGGACGCGAUCGUAGUGGACCCUGUACUGCAACGCCGCUCCAAGUCCAGCGAUGGCAGGGAGAAGGGCGAAUCUUUGACUGCGCGCAGGACCGGCAGGCUCCUGGACGCUAUGGGUGCUGUGGGUGCCACAGGUGCACGGAAGAGUUACAGUCUUGCGCCCUGUCAUCAUUUAUUCCAUACUGCGUGCCUUGAGCGCUGGCUUGCCAUCAAGAAUAUCUGUCCACAAUGCCGCCGGCCCCUCCCCCCUUUAUAG